AUGGACCGUCUUACUUUUGGAUUGCUUCUUACGAUUGGAUUCCUUGUCCAUGCUCGUCCUCCAAGCACAGUGGAGGACGACGACAUGAGACUCACACCAGAGCAGAUAGAGUAUUUCGAUAUGAAUGGAGGUGCUCGCAUAGCUCGUUCCUGGUCGGUUUAUUAUUGGAAGGGGAGCACUCUUGUCUACAGAUUUGGUGAAGGCUUGUCUUCCUGGGACACCGCUCUUAUCCAAAAAGCCAUGGCAGCGAUAUCAUCCCAAACUUGUGUACGCUUUCGCAAAACGACGAAUUCGAAGGAGCCGCAGGUGGUCUUCCAGAGAAAGGAAUCCGGAUGCUGGUCGUAUGUUGGGUUCUUGGGCAGACAACAGCAACUUCUCAAUCUUGGAGAGCGGUGCAUGGCUAGCAGCACAAUUCAGCAUGAAAUACUCCAUUCCCUGGGGCUCUUUCACACGCAUUGCGACCCGAAGCGCGAUCGAUAUGUGAAGAUCUACACGGAGAAUUUGAAGCCCGGGUACGAGCACAAUUUUAGACUGAUCGCGGCCAGCCAAGUUACAGAUUUUAAACUUGGCUACGACUAUAAAAGCAUUAUGCACUAUGGCGAGUAUGCAUUCUCCAAGAACGGCCUACCGACGAUAGUUCCUCUUCAGAAAGAUGUGAAGAUUGGGCAGGCAAAGGGUCUGAGCGUGAAUGAUGUGGGGAAGCUUAACCGCAUGUACUGCCAGGAAAGCAAAAGGCAAAAAUAG